GUCGCUCUGAUGCCUUGCAGGACCCUGAGGAUGCUGUGCCUGUUGGACAGAGGAGGGCCUGGUGCUGGUGCAUGUGUUUCGGAUUGGCGUUCAUGCUGGCCGGUGUGAUCCUGGGUGGUGCCUACCUCUACAAAUAUUUUGCAUUCCAGCAGGGUGGUGUGUAUUUCUGUGGAAUAAAGUACAUUGAAGACGGCUUAAGUUUACCUGAGCCUGGGGCAGAGGCUCAGAGUGCUCGCUACCACACGAUUGAGCAAAAUAUUCAGAUCCUGGAGGAGGAAGAUGUUGAGUUUAUCAGCGUGCCAGUCCCUGAGUUUGCCGAUAGCGAUCCUGCUGAUAUCGUCCAUGACUUCCACCGGAGACUCACGGCCUAUCUUGACCUUAGCCUGGAUAAGUGCUAUGUGAUUCCUCUGAACACUUCAGUUGUUAUGCCACCGAAAAACUUCCUGGAGCUGCUCAUCAACAUCAAGGCUGGAACGUAUUUGCCUCAGUCCUAUUUGAUUCAUGAGCAGAUGAUUGUUACUGAUCGCAUUGAAAAUGUGGAUCAGCUGGGAUUCUUUAUUUACCGCCUCUGCCGUGGCAAGGAAACCUAUAAACUACAGCGCAAAGAAGCCAUGAAAGGAAUUCAGAAGCGUGAAGCUGUCAAUUGCCGAAAGAUUCGACACUUUGAGAACAGGUUUGCUAUGGAAACACUCAUCUGUGAACAGUAAGGAGGCAUAUUACUGUUACAGGAGACUUCAGAUCUACCGUAUGACCCCACCCUUUGUAUUGUGUGCAGUGAUUAUUUUACAAGAUCUUCUUUUAUGUAAGUAGUGAACAGGGCUUUAUUGCUGAACACUUUCCAUACUUUUCAUCUCAUGAUACAUGUAAAAUCAGUAUGUUUUAGGGUUUCUUUUUUUCCUUAUUUUCAGGUGUGGUGUUCUUAUAUUUGAAUAGCAGUUGUAUAAAGACUUAGUUGCUAGUGCAUUUCAUGUGAUGAAUCUUGAAUACUAGGAAAAAGAGAAAGUCUUUGAAAUAUCCACCAGUUUUUAAUUAAGUAAAACUGAAAAGAAUUAUUAAUGUACAAACGGACUGCAAGAGCUACUUCUAACUGUAAUAUUACCUGCUAUAUAGUUUGUUACAGCAUAUAGACAGACCUGUAUUUACUCGCCCUAACAAAGUGCAAUUUGUUUUGUUUUUAAAAUAUUGUCAUAUUUACCUUUUUAGAUUGAUUUCUGACUUGAUGUUUUAAAAUGGCUCCUGUUUGCUGUAACAAUCUUUUAGAAGAAUAAGAAGUAACUUAAGUUACUAACUUGUAUAUAAUCCUUGUAUGUGCAAUGGAAAAUAAAUCUUACAAACCUGUUUGUCUAAAA